AUGCCAACAACAAUUGAUACUUCUGAACGUAAUAGUUUUGACUAUGAUCAGACACCAAAUUAUCAAAAUACAUAUCGACUUGAAUCAUUGAAUUCAUUAAAAAUUGAUAGUAUUGAUGAAAUUGUUAAAACAACAAUGUCCAAUAGACUUGAAGAUUUUAUUUAUGAUGAAACAACAGCACCAGCAUUAUGUACACAAGUUGCACAAGAAAUUAAAAAGAAAAUUAUUAAAUUGGAUUUUGAUAGAUAUAAAUUAUUAGUAAUUGUAACGAUGAUUGAAAAAGCAAGUCAAUCAUUGGAAAUAAAUGCUGGUUUUUUGUGGGAUAUUGAAAGAGACAAUUACUCAACUUAUACUUAUGAUAAUAAUCAAACAUUUACUGCAUAUUGUUUAAUUAUUGCAACAUAUUUUGAAUAA